AUGGUUGGCGUUCCCAAAAGUAAGGGCUGCCAAAUAUGUAUCAAACGACGUGUGAAGUGUGAUCUAUUACGACCGAAAUGUACCCAAUGUCAAAAAUACGGCGUCGAAUGCCCGGGCUACAUCAGAAACCGCAAGUUCAUGGACGAAGGACCACAGCUCCGAACCCGAUUUGCCAAAAAGUCAGAACCAGCACCCGAGUCCAUCGACGAGCGCAUUGCACCCUCACUAGUUGCCCGAACAAUGGGCAAGCAACAGCCGGUGAUAUUCGGCGACUUCGUCAUGGCCUCAUUCACACGCUGGUUCGGGUUAAACCGAUACCGAGUGCACGUACCGUGGACAACAUAUGUCGCGCAACAUGGCGGGAAAAGUCCAGCAUUUGACGCGGCCGUCUACAGCAUGAACUUAGUUUUCAUGGGAUACACCCAUAUCGAUGAUAAGCUGCGGCGCUCGAGUCAGGAGAUGUACAGUAAGGCGCUUCGGUUGUUCGGCGACAGGAUCCGAGACGAGGCUGCGAUGAAAUCUCGUGAAAGUGUUAGCAUUACUAUCGUGCUAAGCUUGUUUGAGGCAUAUUCUCGCACGAAUCCGAACUCCUGGGCUCACCAUGCUGGUGGUACGGCUCUGCUCAUGGCUCACCGUGGCCCUGAGGCUCACUUGACAGGCUUUGAUCGCUGUCUUUACCUUUCUUUCAGGAGUUUCAUUAUCGCCGAGGCUUUUUUGAAUGACAAGCGCUGUAUAUUCGAGCGGCCGGAAUGGCAGGCACAUGUUCAUCAAGUUCGCCGUGAAGAUAUGGCUGAUCCACGGGUUGAUGGACCCAUUGCUCUUUUCAUCGACUUGCAGGAUCGAAUCUUUAUUGAAGUCGCUAAGAUCCCAGGUUUGCUGUUUGAGUCUCGACGACUGGGACAAACGGAUAACCCAGGACAGGCUGCACAGCAGCUCUCGGCACGAGCCUUGAGCUGCAGCCAGGUUAUCUAUACACUCUCGGCUCACCUUCGCUUAGCAGCUGCGGUACAGAAAUAUCAAUGGUGCAAGCCAGAUGAUAAUAACGGCACUGAAUCUAGCGACAAGGCGGCUUUCAUUGGUCCUAUUCCCUCGACGUUCCCACAGGAAUUUGCAAACAGCGUUCUUCGUGGCUGCGACAUCUGUAUGUACAUUCUUGGUCUUCUGGUCGAUUACCUUGACGGCUACAAGGCGGACACUCAAUCCUGCGAUGGGGACCAAAUGGUGGAUCCUUUACCUUUUCAUCUCGUUUCUAAACUUCGGGGGUCCAAAGGCGCCAACUCAACACCCAUUGAAGCGGAUGGCCCUGAGAAAGAUCUGCCAUCUCCCAAUAAAUGGCUUGAUCUGGUUGCAGCUUCCAUGGGACUGGAGGCAUUUGAUAUCAUCACCUACCCAACCAAAAGUCGCUCGCCUGAACCUGUUGUUGAUGACCCCCGGGAUGCUGUUCUCGCGGUGCGAUGA